GAGGGAUUGUCGCACAGGACACCAACUCGCAGUUGGUGGCACAGAACACACUGAACAAAGCCCACUCGUUCCCAAAAACGAUAAUCGUAAACGUUGAGCAGUAACAAGUGGAAAAGAAGAAAAGGAUUGCUGUUAUUAUUAUUAUCGACCUCUCUCUUUCUCUUGCGCCUUGUCCUGUGCUAUCUUUCUUCUCCUCCUCUUUGUCCUCCUCUCUCUCUCUUCACCCUGCUUCCUCGUCACACGCGCCCCCAUUCAGAGGAUGAAAGAUAAUUUCGAACAUGUUGAGAUUGAGCCUGAACAUUGCUACCUUGACUUUAUCGGCCCUGCCAAACCAGAAGGAAUGGGACGCUCAUUAAAGGGCACUGUCAAGUUGACAGUCUCCAAAGCCGUCAAGAUACGCAGCAUACACAUCAAAUUUAAAGGCUACGGACGCAUAUGCCUGAAAAAUUCCGGUGGCACUGUCUUGGACAUUGAGACGAACCUGUUGCCGAAAAUCAAAGCACCUCUGGUCAUCGACAACAAAAAGACUUUCCAAUUACCGCCUGGCGAACAUACAAUUCCAUGGGAAUUGCAGAUUCCGAACGUCUAUCCACGCUCGUUAAUGAUCAAACGCGCAGCUAUCCAUUACAAGGUUGAGCUAGCGAUAUCGCUGGGCUUGGGUAAAAAAGCCAUCACGGCAGAGUAUCCCAUUGUUAUUUUGCGCCACUUGCUGCCGUGCAAAGAGCUUUCACCCUUGGUAGGCUCGCGAGUGUAUCGUCAAACAGUGCCUGGCAAAUUUCAUUAUGAAAUCGAUUGCCCGAGAGUUGUCUGUUUGGAGCAAGGAUCGAUGCCUGUGGCACUCAAGUACCUAUGCAUUGCGGAUCAAAAGCCGGUCAUCUCUGUGCGAACCCAGUUAUUGCAAGUCGAGUUUUACAGGUGUGAAACGAUAUCAAAAUCGGAUGCAAAUUUGGAAUUUAUGGAGAAAGAAGUGCAAUCCAGUGUAUUUGGUCAGCGUUAUGCAGACGCCAUGCGCACCAACCCAAAAUGCGUAAAGUUCACACGUCGUAAAGGAUCAGCAUUUAUUCAUUCGGUUGAGGAUAAUCCUAUUUCAGCAUGGAAGCGAUUUGUCGUCGUACGUCACGAGCUUGAUGAGCUAUUAACAUACGGCAUUGAAUCACCCACAGUGACCAUUUACCACCAGCUCGAGGUGAUAUUUCAAUUCGGCCAGAAACACGACGUCAUUCGCGCGAAAGUACCUGUCAUUAUCACCUCUUUACCCUACAAAAACAGCAGCAGCUCACCACUAAAUAGCCCGAUGAUGCCUACAGCCUCAGCACUUGUGGGCGGUGGCGGGGAUGAUAUCGAAAACUUUCCGAAAUACCGUAUGGAGACAUUGCCGCAUUUCACCCCAUCUCGUGUAUUGGUUGAUGGUGCAACUAGUAGCAGCAAUGAUAUUGGCAAGGGCCAUCGACGCACGUCUACAGCUACCUCGUCAGACGAUACUUCGUCUAUUUCAUCAGUGGCACCGGAUAUUGCACGUGAAAGAAAUAUCUUUAUGGGCGUACGCGAGCGGGCAUUGAGUGUCAACAACAAUACUAGCAAGCCGACAAUCGUUCCGCCUGCUUCACGUGCUGGGCCGGCCUUGCAACUAUCUGUGGCGGCUUCUAGUAUCGACCUCAGUAGCCAUAAUUAUCAAAGCACUAAAGAAAUUUCCAACAGUACCAGCAACCAACCAGCAUCGCCUUCGCUCUCGCUCUCUGCUUUUGGCGGGCCCAAUUCCAUCCGCAGAUCAGCCUCGGCGUCGAAUCUCAGCACUUUCGGCAGAAGCAGCCAGCCCAAUUCGCCACCACCACCGUCACCCACUGGAAGACAACUGCAUCCACCACAACGUCCUUCCCGCUCGCCCAUGCGACGUCCUAUACCCAACCUUGCCGUGAACACUGCCUUGGCCAACACGAUGCUGAAUCGUGGUCCUUUAUCUGACGACAUAGUGAGCGCUGCAUCAUCAUCAUCACGCCGCGACAGUAUCGCCAGCUCUGAAGCAUUACCUCUUGUGGAUCGAAACUUGUUGCGUAGCAAAGCCAUGUGGAUGAACCGAUUCGAGCCUAGUUACGCCUCUCGCCAUCACCUGCUGCAGGCAACUGUGGUAGCGAGCUCCAGUAGAAAUGGCAGUGUAUUAAGUCGUGCAGCACCUAGUUCUGGUAUCAAUGGCCGGUCUUAUACAUCUCACCAUCAUCAACAGAGACGAGGAGGCCGUCAGCAGCAGCAGCAGCAGGGUGUAAUUGCUGCACCAACGCCACCACCACCAACAAUACCUGCAUUUGCUCGCGUCGUCGAUCCAUGGCUCCAAGUCUUGAAUCAAGAGUACGAAAAUGAUAGUGACGAGGAUGUGUACGGCGACGACGAGAUGUCCGUAUCAACCAUGGACGCCACCAGUUUAAGCUCCGUGACAACAGGUUCAGGAGCAGAUGAGCUGUCACUUUUGUCACGACCACCAUCACCCGUGUAUUCGCCAGCACCAGGCUUGCCAGGUGCGAUCGCACUUCGUCCACAACAGGCAAGCCCGGUAGCAUUGGUGGAGGAAUCGUUUGCUUGCUCGCCUCAUAGCGUGUCGGCCAAUUCGGUACCCUACACUGUGGCAUCAUCCAGCGUUUUAUCUCCUCGCACAAGCUAUGCUCUCUAUCGUCAACGCAUCGCCCGUGCACCACCAUUGCCUCCACCCGCAGUCCCAUUACCUGAAGAGCCACAAAGCCCUACUACUCAUAUCGUAAACAACAUCAACAAUACUCAAGGUAGCAAAAGCUAUACAGCAGAUGUACACAACCAUUAUUCACGUGCUGAAUUGCCGCCAUUACCGCCGUCUGAGGACGAUGAACAAGGGAUAUAUGACGAAGACGACUGUGCAAGGACAGGGUCGCGGUAUUUUGACGAUAGCGACGACGAGCCAAGCGCACCUGUAUGUACGUGCCCACAGCACGGUCAUGUCUUGCUUCCACCACAGUCAAUGGAGAAACAGCAACAGCGACAAGAACAAGAACAAGUCGGAACACCUCCACAACUGCCACGCUUAUCACUUGGGUCAACGUUUUCUGCUUCUCUAAGCUUGAAAUGAAAAAUAUAUGGGUUACGUCUACACACCUUUAUCCCAUUAAGCCUUUGUAUUUAUUUAGUUCCUUUGUUUUCAUUCGGUAAUUCCUAUACCUUCAUUGCAUGCCUUUUCAUGUUAUCAUCACCACAUCGUAUGCGCUCCUUUCUAUCCUCUUUUUGCUUAUUUGUAACUAUAGUUCCCACAAAUUUCUGUAUAUCCAUAUUAACGAUCCAAUCACAACUAGAACAGAUGUAGACUUUUCUCUUUUAUCACCUCGUAUGGGCACCAUUUUGUUUAUUAAUCAAGCCAAGUUCCUGGUAUAUGUAAAACAAUAAAGAAAGAUCCUCGUAUUGCAUCUACCUGUAGUCGGCCUGAC